AUGGGUCUUACGUCUUCUGCCCCAGCAGAGCUGUCGAAGAAACAAAAAGAUAUUGCAUAUUUGGGAAACCGCUUGCCGUUUGGGGAUGACGAACUCGUUCAGUUGUACAAUGCGUAUCACCUACGAAAAACGCUUGCCUCCAGAAACGAACACACUUCCUUCUUGGUGGACAUUGGAAUACUCUGUUAUUCAAAAAUGGAGCCAGGAGAAGCCGAAUUGAAAGAACGAAAGUUGCUAAUACAAGCUUUGGAAUCCAAGAUUCUACCACCUAGCUUUGGGAAUCGACUCUUUCAGACUUCCUUUAUUGGUCCACAAGAUCUCUCGGACUACAAUGAUGACAAGCCAACUUCUUCUGUAUCCAACGCCACAGGCGAAGAAGACGAAUUCACUCAUCGGGCAAAUCUGGAAGCCUUCUUUAGUGGUGCUGCACUAUGCGGUCGUAGGGGAGCUGCCAAAACUUUGCAAGUGUUGGUCGAGGCUUGUGAACAACACCCUGCACCGCCAUCAGAAAAUGGAUCUGUGUCGUCUCCCUUUGAAGCUACUACCUCUACAAGAGAAUCGACAUUGAUUGAUCCAGUUGAACUUAUUUCAAUGGGUUAUCGCGUCGCACUAGCUUCGGCAUUUCUGUCCGCUACUACCCGAAAUGACGAUCAAGAGGAUGUUGGGCGAUUUCUUCCAGACGACAAAGUUUCGGAUCAUCCAGGCCUUGUAUCAUUGGCAACUUCUCUCAAAGCGUUUGCGACAAAACGGAAACAGCGGUUAGAACAUGCAGCUAUACCACCUUCCGAACUAUUGUCCCUGGUUUCAGCUGAGGAUGUGGCCGAAUGGGGAGAACAAAUGGCUCCAAUGUUUGCCGCAUCUCUUUCCAGUCUCAUGCAUCAAUUAUUCUUUCCUCACAAACCACCGCCGCCUACUCGAACCUCCUUUGAAUUUCCCCAAUUGUCGGACGAAUCAAUAUUCUUUAAUGGGUCUGCGUCUCCGUUGUUGUUUUCAUUUGCCUGCAUGUCGCCUUCGCUGAGUGGCGAGUACUAUCGGCUGUACACAUCACUUUCCGACGGAUUGUCCUUCAAUCGGCUCCAAAAUUCACUUCUUGGAUAUGGCGGACCUACCCUAUUGAUCAUUCGAGCCACUGACAAUACAAUCUUUGGCGCUUAUACGGCGUCAUCUUGGAAGGAAUCCAAAGAUUUUUAUGGAAAUACGGACUGUUUCUUGUUCCAACUCUCGCCAAGCAUAAGUAUCUAUCAUCCAUCAGGGAAUAGCCAAAAUUUCAUGUACUGUAAUUCCUAUGCGCGGUCAAGAGGGUACGAUCAACAGGCUCAUGGAAUUGGAUUCGGAGGUAGUGUCCAAGAACCUCGUUUGUUCAUUGCCGAGUCCUUUGACGAUUGUGUGGCAUCGGAUGCGGAUUUGACCUUUGCCAAAGGUCGCUUGCUCGGAAAUGCCAACGAUGCUUUGCUUGGCAAAAGCGCUAUUGUUGGGGAAAAGAAUGCAAAGUAUUUCGAUAUUGAUAGUUUGGAAGUUUGGGGAGUCGGUGGCACGGAAGUUGUGAUGGAAGCCCUGGGAGCACGAACGAAACAUCGAGACAUUCGACAAGCUGGGAUCAACAAAGCGCGCAAGGUGGAUAAGGCAGCCUUUUUGGAGGACUUUCAAUCAGGGCUUAUGGAUUCGAAAGCCUUUGCCCAUCGGAAUCAAAUCCAAGGCAGAGACGGUGCUUGUGUGGGUGUUGAUGAUCUGAACAAGUAUGAAAAGGAGCAAUCGAGAAAGCGAUCUGGAUCAUAA